AUGACUUUCAAGAAGGUCAACUCUCAAUCAACUGCUUUCAAGGCUGCUAAUUCCAAAUUCUCUGCUGAAGUAGAGAGCAUCAUUGGUGUUAAUUUUGGAAGCUUUGGAGCUGUUACAAGGAGUAAGGCCAGAAUGCCAAGACAACAAACACGUCAAGUGUUAUUUGAGCCAACUCCAAUUUUUGAAUCUUCAACCCCAAAAGGAGCGAGGUCUCGGGAAAGUGCUUCGGAAGAAGAAAGCAAUGUGGUAGAAACAAUUAAGAAAACUCUUACUCUACUUGAGCACUCUGCAUUUUUGGAAGCACAGGAAUCCGGAUUAAUUGAGGAGAAGGACCAGAUUUUGAUUCAUGAAUAUGUUCGCAUUUUCAAAAAUUCAUGUGAGCAACUCAACUUGAAUCAACCAAGUUGGCAUCGUCGCCGCCGUCAAAUCAUGAAUCCACCACUGCCUGCCGCCAUCGCCGAAGCUCCGGUGACUUUUGACAUCGCGGACCAGUCCCAACAGGCCCGUGACAAGUGGUAUCAGAGCUGCACUUUGAACAUGGCAUACGACGGUGAUGAGGAGGUUCACGGUGGAGACAAUUUGGGCAAAACCAAGACCAAGAAACGUGACAAGAGUAGGAACAAGGAUGAGGCCCAAAUUCCAGUUAGUGAGGCUAUUACAAACGUGGAAAAUGGUGAAGGUUCCGCAUCCGGCUCUCUUGAUGAGAGAAUCGUUAGCACGGAGGCUGGUUUAGCAGUUUUGGGCCAUCGCUUCAAGACCAUUGAGUCCAACGUCGGUACCCUUGAGGUGGCUGCUCUUGAAGGGCUGGACGAAGUCAAAGCUGACUUGUCCGAGCAAAAUGAAGAGCACAAGGAGGGGAUGACCAGCUUGGAACUCAAUCUUACGAAAGCAUUAUCGGCGCUACACGAGGAGUUUGGGUCGAAACUGUCCGAGGUGAUGUUGGGGCAGUCUGCUUUGCAGGAAGAAGUUGCUGACUUGAAGCAACAACUGGAAGCAGCCCGUGUUGGUGGAAAUCAUGGUUCCGUGGCUUACCAUGAUGCUUGUAUUGAGGCUCCUAAACCCAACGUGUUUAAGGGUGAGAGGAACGCUCAAGACGUAGAAAAUUUCAUAUGGCAAUUGGAGUCGUAUUUUGAGCACGUCAAGAUUGUUGACGGGGCAGCAAGGAUCCGGAUUACAACCAUGUACUUUAGUGACGUCGCAAUGUUGUGGUGGUGUAGGAAAAAAGUGGACAUGGAGAGGGGUCUUUGUACCAUAGCUGAUUGGGAUCAGUUUAAGGAUGAGUUGAAGGAGCAAUUUUACCCUCAAAACGUUGUAGAUGAAGCCCGACGGAAGUUGAGGAAACUUAAACAAACUUCUUCCAUUCAUAACUAUGUGAGGGAGUUUACGAAGCUCUCACUUCUUGUGACAAGUUUCAGCAGUGAGUUUCUUGAUGGCCUCCAAAAUUGGGCCAAACAAGAGUUGAGGAGGCGUAAUGUCAAAACCGUGGAUGAGGCCAUUAAAGUGGAGGAAUCCUUGAUUGAUUUUCAUGCCGAUUAUGCCAAGGCGAAGGAUAGUCGGAACAAGCCCGUUGCUGCCAAAGGAGAUCAUGGGGACAAGGGCAAAGACAAGUUUAUUCCCAACAAAAAUCAUGAGUUCAAAGGAGAACGCAACCAGCCAUCGUCAUUCCGCAAGAACUACGAGGAAAAGAAGAAAGGUGUAGCUAACCACGAUAGCGGCUGCUACCUUUGCGGGGAUACGUCUCACUUUGCGAGGUCUUGUCCUUCAUUGAGUAAGAUGGGAGCGAUGAUUGCAGCAACACGGAAGGAUCAAGCUAGUACACAAGCCGGGAGUUUCGAGGAGCAAGAAGCACAAGCUGCCAAUCCGGAGAAAGGAAAGGGACAUGCCGUGGGUUUGUUCAACCACAUGGCUUUGUUUAACCACAUGACUCUUGCUGCUCUGGCUGCAAAGAAGCACAAUGUUAGAGCUCGAGAGUCAUUAUUUGUUGAUGGAGAGGUGAAUGGCCGAGCAGUCUGCAUUAUGGUGGACACCGGAGCAACGCAUAACUUUGUUACGGAGGAAAAGGCUAAAGAACUUGGCCUUGCAUUCGUGACUAGUGGUUCCAUGUUAAAGACCGUCAAUUGUCUCCCUACCAAUGUCAAUAGCCUCGCUCCUCGGGUGAGUCUCACCUUGGGAGGUUGGAAGGGAGAAACGGAUUUUUCGGUUGUUCCGAUGGAUAUCUUUGAUAUUGUAUUAGGGCUGGAUUUUUGGUAUGAGAUUAACGCAUUUAUUUCGCCACGUCUCAACCAGCUAGCCAUUUGUGAUAUGGGUGGUUCUUGUAUUGUUCCACUUAUUCGUGUCGCUCAAAGUGGCACACGUUUGUCGGCGAUGCAGCUUGUUAAAGGUUUCAAGAAAAGAGAACCAACCUUUCUUGCGGCAUUGAUGGAGAUCGUUGACUGCCAAGAAGCUGAAUUAGUGCCCUCAUAUGUCCAACGUGUUCUUGAAGAGAACAAAGAUGUAAUGCUGGAGGAGCUGCCCAAACGGUUACCUCCACGAAGUAAAGUUGAUCACGAGAUCGAGCUGGUACCCGGGGCAAAGCCACCAGCUAUGACCCCGUAUCAAAUGUCGCCUUCAGAGCUUGAGGAACUUAGAAAACAACUCAAGGAGCUGCUGAAAUCAGACCAUAUCCGACCAUCUAAGGCACCCUUUAGAGCUCCGGUCUUAUUUCAAAAGAAGAAGGGAGGGACGUUGCGGUUGUGUAUUGAUUACCAUGCUCUCAACAAAGUCACGGUGAAAAACAAAUAUCUCAUUCCUUUGAUAGCUGAUUUGUUUGAUCGCCUGGGGCAAGCCAAAGUGUUCACGAAGAUGGAUUUGAGGAAGGGCUAUUAUCAAGUUCGUAUAGCCGAAGGAGAUGAAGCCAAGAUGACUUGUGUGACUCGUUAUGGAUCCUAUGAGUGGAUGGUCAUGCCUUUUGGACUGACCAACGCACCAGUCACGUUUUUCACACUAAUGAACAGGAUCUUCCAGCCAUACUUGGAUCAAUUCUUGGUUAUAUACUUGGACGACAUUGUUGUUUAUAGUAGCUCAAUGGAGAAACACGUUAGACACCUUCAACUAGUGUUUAAUGUGCUACGGGAAAAUGAGCUAUGCGUCAAAAGGGAGAAGUGCACUAUUGCACAGCCAAAGGUACAAUUCUUGGGCCAUACGAUCAGCCAAGGGCAGAUUCAGAUGGAUAGCGACAAAGUUGAGGCGAUCCGGGAUUGGGAGGUUCCAACGAAGGUGCCCAAAUUAAGGUCCUUCCUUGGCCUUGCUAAUUAUUACCGAAGAUUUAUUCUUGGAUACUCGGAUAUUGCUGCUCCUCUCACGGAUUUAUUGAAGAAGAAUCGUGCAGCCAUUAUCAAGGAACCGAUUUUGGCUUUACCAGAUUUCACGAAACUGUUUGAGGUGCAAACGGAUGCAUCCGAUUUUGCUAUUGGUGGUAUCCUAAUGCAAGAGGGCCAUCCGAUAGCGUUUGAAAGCAAAAAAUUGAAUGAUGCAGAGCGGCGCUACACAGUCCACAAAAGGGAGAUGACGGCCAUCGUCCAUUGCCUAAGGACAUGGCGUCAUUAUUUGUUGGGAGCUCAUUUCAUCGUUAAGACAGAUAAUGUAGCAACCAGCUACUUCCAAUCACAAAAGAAACUCUCGCCAAAGCAGGCUCGAUGGCAAGAUUUCUUGGCAGAGUUUGAUUACUCAUUGGAGUAUAAACCGGGAAAAGCAAACGUUGUUGCCGAUGCAUUGACUCACACGGCUGUUUUGGCGAUACUAUUGAGCACGACCAGCUGUGGUGUGUUAGAUACCAUUAAGGAAGGGAUGGAACAUGAUCCCGUUGCCAAAUAA